GAUAGUUCUAGAAAGGCGGCGGGCGGUGAGUCGGGGCUAGCGCGUAGGGCAGCGAUGGAAAUCGGUGGAAGAUUCGCUGGGUUCUGGAUUGAGCAGGCGGCGGUGGAUAUUUUUGUUUGGCAGGGCGGGGAGCUGCGAAAGGCUUGGAGCUUGUUUGUUUCUGGCGCUGCUUUUAAGUUCUGUUUCUGCGCAGUUCUCUGUCUUUCUGUUUUUCUUUUUGCAACCUCCUCGCCCAAUUUCUUCUUCUUCUUCAACUUCUUCUUCAACUUCUCUUCUUCCUCCUCCUUUCCUUCUUCUUCACCUCUUCAAUUCUCUGCAUCCCAGCUUCAUCUCUCUCCUCUCCCCUUCUAUACCCAUAUCUUUGAACAACUGCUACUGCAACGGCUCCCUCCUACUCAGUAAUCCAAUACCAUCCUAUCACCCACUGCAGACAUGGCGUCCGAAACCUUCGAGUUCCAGGCUGAGAUCUCUCAGCUCCUCUCGCUCAUCAUUAACACCGUCUACUCCAACAAAGAGAUCUUCCUGCGAGAGCUGAUUUCCAACUGUUCUGAUGCCCUCGACAAAAUCCGCUAUGAGGCCCUUUCAGACCCAAGCAAACUCGACUCCAACAAGGAUCUCCGCAUUGAUAUCAUUCCCGACAAGGAGAACAAGACCCUGACCAUCAGCGAUACCGGUAUUGGUAUGACCAAGGCUGAUCUCGUCAACAACCUGGGUACCAUUGCCCGCUCAGGUACUAAGCAAUUUAUGGAAGCCCUCACUGCUGGUGCCGAUAUUUCCAUGAUUGGCCAGUUCGGUGUUGGUUUUUACUCUGCCUACCUCGUUGCCGAUAAGGUGACAGUCAUUUCCAAGCACAACGAUGAUGAACAAUACAUCUGGGAGUCCAGUGCCGGUGGCACCUUUAAAAUCACCCAGGACACAGACGGAGAGUCUCUUGGCCGUGGUACUAAGAUGAUUCUCCACCUCAAGGACGAGCAGGCCGACUACCUGAAUGAGAGCAGAAUUAAGGAAGUCGUGAAGAAGCACUCUGAGUUUAUCUCCUACCCCAUCUACCUCCAUGUCCUGAAGGAGACCGAGAAGGAGGUCCCCGAUGAGGAUGCUGAGGAGGUUAAGGAUGAGGGUGACGACAAGACUCCCAAGGUUGAGGAGGUCGAUGACGACGAAGAGGAUAAAAAGAAAGAAAAGAAGACCAAGAAAAUCAAGGAGACAAAGGUCGAGGAGGAGGAGCUUAACAAAACCAAGCCCAUUUGGACUCGAAAUCCUGCUGAUAUCACUCAGGAGGAGUAUGCCUCUUUCUACAAGACCCUGUCUAACGACUGGGAGGAUCAUCUUGCUGUGAAGCACUUCUCCGUUGAGGGUCAACUCGAGUUCCGCGCGAUCCUUUUCGUUCCUAAGCGUGCUCCUUUCGACCUUUUCGAGACCAAGAAGACCAAGAACAACAUCAAGCUCUACGUUCGCCGUGUCUUCAUUACCGAUGACGCCACCGAUCUCAUUCCCGAAUGGCUCAGCUUCAUCAAGGGUGUCGUCGACUCCGAGGACCUUCCUCUCAACCUGUCUCGUGAGACUCUCCAGCAGAACAAGAUCAUGAAGGUCAUCAAGAAGAACAUCGUCAAGAAGACCCUCGAGCUCUUCAACGAGAUCGCGGAAGACCGUGAGCAAUUCGAUAAGUUCUACUCCGCUUUCAGCAAGAACAUCAAGCUUGGUAUCCACGAGGACGCCCAGAACCGCCCCGCCCUUGCCAAGCUCCUCCGCUUCAACUCCACCAAGUCUGGUGACGAGACCACCUCACUCGCCGACUACGUCACCCGCAUGCAAGAGCACCAGAAACAGAUGUACUACAUCACUGGCGAAUCUCUCAAGGCUGUCCAGAAGUCUCCGUUCCUCGAUACUCUCAAGGAGAAGAACUUCGAGGUUCUGUUCCUCGUCGAUCCUAUCGACGAAUAUGCCAUGACCCAGCUCAAGGAGUUCGAUGGCAAGAAGCUCGUCGACAUCACCAAGGAUUUCGAGCUCGAGGAGACCGAGGAGGAGAAGAAGGCCCGCGAGGCUGAGGAGAAGGAAUACGAAGGCCUCGCCAAGAGCCUGAAGAACGUCCUUGGCGACAAGGUCGAGAAAGUCGUUGUCUCCCACAAGCUCAUUGGCUCCCCCUGCGCCAUCCGCACUGGUCAAUUUGGCUGGUCCGCUAACAUGGAGCGUAUCAUGAAGGCGCAAGCCCUCCGUGACACCUCCAUGAGCUCCUACAUGUCCUCCAAGAAGACCUUCGAAAUCUCUCCCAAAUCCCCCAUCAUCCAGGAGCUCAAGAAGAAGGUCGAGGCCGACGGCGAGAAUGAUCGCACCGUCAAGUCCAUCACCCAACUCCUCUUCGAGACCUCCCUGCUCGUCUCGGGCUUCACCAUCGAGGAGCCUGCCGGCUUCGCGGAACGCAUUCACAAGCUCGUUUCUCUUGGUUUGAACAUUGAUGAGGAGGCUGAGACUACCGAGGAGAAGGAGACGGAGGAGGCUGCUGCCCCCGCUGAGGUUGCGGGUGAGAGCGCCAUGGAGGAGGUUGAUUAGAUUUUCUCUUGUCUCCCCCUUUUUCUUUGUUUCUUGAAUUUAGCUUUUCCCCUUUUCCUAUUUCCUUUGCCUUUUUUUUUAUUACUCUUUCCGAUAGUUAAACAAAAAACCAGGUUUUUUUAAAAAUCAUGAGCGUAUGGCGGAAUGAUGAGAUGAAAAUGCACGCACAAAUGUUACUUAGUUCGUUCUUCGCCCUUGUUUUACAAUUAAAAGGACAAAAAUACCAAAAAGCGUUGUGUGCGUGUUCAUUAAAGAGUGAAUAAGAAGAAAACGAAGCAAGUGAUGUCAUAUAUCAUAUUCUAGCGGUUAACCGGCUGUUUUUCUCCGUUUUUUGCUUCAGUAUUUUUGCUUUUGUCCUUUUUCCUAUGUUUCUGUUUCUGUUUUCGUGGUUAUAGCUGUUCUGUUUGUUUUUAAUUAUUUAAUUAAGCUUUUCAGACAUAUCCUGACUUUAUUUUAGUUUUUGGUUUCCUUUUUGCUCUUAUUUCAUCAUCAUCUUGACUCUGGUGAUAUGAGUUGUGCGUGUAAGUAAGAAGUAUAUGGCCAUCAGGUAACGUAAGCCAUUAAUGUAGACAGAAUUAAAGAUGAUUGAUCAAUCAAAGUUAUCCCUAGCCGUCGGGUUUGAUUUCGGAGAAGAGUUUCGUGGCCGGUCCGUUUACUUCCACAGUUCCGGGGGCAAUGAUUUUGUAUCCGUGUAUAUCUCGAGGUUGUGUGAAAAUUCAGGGUUUUUUUCAAUUUUGUUUUCUCCCUUCUCAUUUUUUGCGCGUGAGAGAACAACAAUUAUUUGCUUUCUCACCUCGCCCUGUAGACUCUGUUCCAUUAAAUUGAAUAUCAUAACAACAUUUCGUCGUUUCUGCUAGCGGGCAUUUAGGGAAUCAAGGCAGGAUGACAGUGAAAAAUAAAACUCAACCAGCAAUAGUUGAGCUGUUUUUAAAAUAAAUACAUGUUUUUUUUCUGCCUGAAAAAUAAGUAAACUACUACACUUCAGAUAUCAUCACGAUCUCCAAACAACAACUUUGGAACACAUUAUUACAACCAUGCUAUUCAUUCGCCCGUUUAAUAUGGGGCCCCCCCUCCCCCCCCCGUCACACUUCUCGAGGAUCAGAAGACGAUAGAGGGAGCAGCGCGCCGGGGUGGCGCGUUGAAAUUGAAAAUACAGAUAGUUAUACCACAGCAGAUAGCCGCCAGCACUGUACUGAACAUACCAUUCGACUCCCCCCGUUAUUUUACAUCCCCCUUACGCCUACGUAUGGCGACAGAUACUUCCUGGCAUCCAUCACGUUACGGGGAGAUGGGAGGUGUGUCGACCUUAUGCUCCGGUAUGCGGUAUGCAUGGUGUGGGUAUGUCCGUACAUGAACCUCCGUCGCUGAGAGUGCCAUGAGUGCGUGAGCGAGGGCAAGACAAGACAAAGGGGGAAUGCUAUGCAUUCCUAUCGAAAUUAGUAUAUGCCUGUUGGCGCACGCGUAUUCUAGCUGGAUUGUCAUUGUCAUUGUCAUUUAUUUAUUUAUUUUAUUUUAUCUCUGCAGGGACGGAUGUGGAGGGUGAGGGGUGGUUGAGGCGGGUUAUAUGAUUAAGAAGAGAGGAGAGUCAAAAUGGAGAACGGAGGAAGAGAUGAUGAUUUAAGUUUAAUAAAAAGUAUAGGUAAAUUGAAUGCAAUGAAAUAGAAUGGAAUGACAUAAUUAAAAUUGAGAAUGGUAUAAAAAUAACAAAGCAGAA